ACGGUGCAUGGUCGAGGUCAGAGAUGCUGUGUUACACAUAACCGGUAUUUGGUGAAUGCUUCCAGUCAAAAAUAGCUAACGUUAUAGUAUUACGGAUUUGUCAUAUCGUAUAAAAGUUAUAUUCAAGAAGGAUUCUUUAUUCUGUACUCCACCAUAAGAAGUUCUAAGACAUCUAUUAAGAUAAGUAAAUACAUUUAGCUGGCUCAACGCUCGUAAGUUAACCCAGUUAGCCUAUAGUCUCUCCUGAGCAGGAGUCUCUCCUCAUAAGGAAUCAUGGACAACAGCACAUCGGAUUCAAGUAGUUCUAAAGGCGGAUUUGGGAGCCUGUUUGGUGCUGGAGCCCCUGAGUAUUCAAACACUACCCUAGCCGGAGUACCACUGACAGGAAUGAGCCCCCUCUCGCCAUACCUCAGUGUUGAUCCUCGCUACCUUGUGCAGGAUACAGACGAAUUCAUACUGCCAACCGGGGCAAACAAAACCCGUGGACGCUUUGAGCUGGCCUUCUUUACCAUUGGAGGAUGCUGCAUAACGGGUGCUGCGUUUGGAACCCUGAAUGGGCUCCGUAUAGGCAUGAAGGAGACCAGAGACAUGGCCUGGUCAAAACCCAGAAACGUACAAAUUUUAAAUGUGGUUACACGACAGGGGGCCUCGUGGGCUAACAGACUAGGAUCUGUUGCUCUGCUGUACAGUGUGUUUGGAGUAGUUAUUGAGAAAGCCAGAGGAGCAGAGGACGACAUUAAUACCAUAGCUGCUGGAACAUUAACAGGGAUGAUGUUUAAAUCAGCAGGUGGACUAAAAGGAAUUGCCAGAGGAGGUCUUGUUGGAUUAGCCAUGUCUGGACUGUAUGCCCUCUAUAACAACUGGGAUUACCUCAAAGGCACAACUGCUUCACGUUACUGAAGAGAAGUUACAGCACAAGACAUUGACAUUUUGACUCUGAACCAGUACUUAACUCUAUUGUCUCGUUCCAUUUUAGCGGAACAGCAGUUGAUCGAGCACUUUGGCAUUCCUGAAUCACCACAUCAACGUUUGGGCUUCCCUAAAAGUGUGUUAGGCUUAUUAUCAAAAAUGCUGAACCAUGCUGGUUUAACUGAGCUGACUAGUUCUACUUAGACAAAACUGAAUUAUUUAAAUAGCUGUUUAAACAUGUAUACAUCUCAGGCAGUGUUGGACAUACACUGUUUUUUAUGUGAUGUUCCAAUAUGUAAGUAUAAUAUUGGAGUUAUUUCUGAGAUUGAAGCUUUGUAUUAAACCAGAAAGGUUUGUACAAAACCAUCAGAUAAUUGGUGGGCAUUCCAGUAUCAUACAUGUGUAGGUGGAUUCUCUAUGUAACUGUUUUAGUAAGCAUCAUCCGACUAGCCUAAAUUGGCCUCAUUGACUCUAUACUGCAAUAAAACAUUUUAAAAUAUUU